AUGAAAUCAGAAGAACAAGAAUCCGCCACGUGUCUUCUCGAAUUCGCCGCCUGCGACGAUCUCGAAUCGUUCAAGAGAGAGGUCGAAGAGAAAUCGCUUGAGAUCGACCAAACCGGGUUUUGGUAUUGCAGACGGGUCGGGUCGAAAAAGAUGGGUUUUGAAGAAAGAACACCACUCAUGCUUGCUUCUAUGUACGGAAGCAUCGAAGUGCUAAAUUACAUAAUUGCCACUGGUAAAACCGACGUGAACAGAGUUUCCGGUGACGAGAAAGUCACUGCUCUUCACUGUGCGGUUUCUGGCUGUUCUGUCUCUAUCGUUGAAGUCAUCAAGAUCUUGCUUGAUGCUUCUGCUUCACCUAAUUGCGUUGAUGCUAAUGGGAAUAAACCGGUUGAUCUGUUGCUUCGUGCUUCCCGGUUUAUGCCUAACCAGAGUAGAAAAGCGGUUGAGGUUCUGUUAACCGGAGAUCAUGGCUCGGUUAGUUUGAUGAUGGAGGAAGAAGUGAAGAGUGUUGUGACCAAGUAUCCAGCUGAUGCAUCACUUCCUGAUAUUAACGAAGGUGUGUAUGGAACUGAUGAGUUUAGGAUGUUUAGCUUUAAGGUUAAGCCGUGUUCGAGGGCUUAUUCGCACGAUUGGACCGAGUGUCCUUUCGUUCAUCCUGGUGAGAAUGCGAGGAGGAGAGAUCCUAGGAAGUUUCCUUACACUUGUGUGCCUUGUCCUGAGUUUCGUAAAGGGUCUUGUCCUAAAGGAGAUUCGUGUGAGUAUGCGCACGGUGUUUUCGAGUCUUGGCUUCAUCCGGCGCAGUAUAGGACACGGCUUUGUAAAGAUGAGACUGGUUGCGCGAGGAGAGUAUGUUUCUUUGCGCAUAGACGUGAGGAGCUAAGACCGGUUAAUGCUUCAACUGGUUCUGCAAUGGUUUCACCGAGGUCGUCUAAUCAGUCUCCUGAGAUGACUGUUAUGACUCCUUUAGCGUUAGGAUCAUCGCCGAUGAACUCUCCUAUGGCUGUUCCUUUGUCUCCUAGAAACGGUGGGUUAUGGCAGAACAGAGUUAAUAGUCUUACACCGCCACCAUUGCAGCUUAACGGUAGCAGAUUGAAGUCGACUUUGAGCGCUAGAGAUAUGGAUAUGGAACUUAGGCUUCACGGUUUGGAUAACCGCAGACUCAGUGACCUCGAACAGACUUUUGGGUCUUACGAUUCUUCCUCUGCGAUGCAACUUCAAUCUCCAAGCAGACAUUCUCAGAUGAACCACUAUCCGUCUUCCCCUGUGAGGCAACCGCCUCCUCACGGAUUCGAAUCUUCAGCAGCCAUGGCAGCUGCAGUGAUGAACGCAAGAUCCUCAGCAUUUGCGAAACGCAGCUUGAGUUUCAAACCAGCUCCGGUAGCUUCUUCUAAUGUCUCAGAUUGGGGAUCACCAAACGGGAAACUCGAGUGGGGAAUGCAAAGAGAGGAGCUAAACAAGCUGAGGAGAAGCGCCUCAUUCGGCAUUCACGGAAACAACAACAACAGUGUGUCGCGUCCUGUAAGAGACUACAGCGACGAGCCAGAUGUGUCGUGGGUGAACUCUUUGGUGAAAGAGCCGGAAAGAGCCUUCGGGUUGAAUGAGAGGGUCGGGAACACGGUGAAUGGCGCAGCGGGUAGGGACAAGUUUAAGCUGCCUUCGUGGGCAGAGCAAAUGUACAUAGACCAUGAGAAGAAGCAGCAGAUUUUGGCAUAA